UCGAAGUAAUUGUAGAACUUGAAUUAAGGAAUUUCAUUCAUGAAAUUUGAUAUUUUGUACAAGUUUUAACAUUUUAACAAAAGACAACACAUUUAAUAAUUUGCAUGAAAUAUUAAAUACGCUCAUUGUUUAAUAUAUUUUAUACAAUGAUAAUAUGAAGAGAUUUUCGACUAUAAGGUGAUAGAUGUUUAUGCAAAUUUUCCGCUAUUCCACGUGAGUAAAGGUUAAUCACGUUCACGUGUGAAUGGAAACAGGUUAUGAUGUCACUUUUCCAAAAAAAACAAAUAUGUAAGGAAAUAUUUGCUGAAAUUAAGUGGAUAUUUUUGCAGCAAAAAUAAAAAGAUUAAAACAUCGUAUCAAGUACUAUUUCGUAAUACAGCUUUUCUAAAACGUUCUCCAUGUGUAAAUAGUUUAGGUUAUUACAUGGUCAUCAAAUUUGUAAGCAAUUUUUGAUUUACAAAAUGAAUAUAUAUUACAUAACUUUCUGUCCUUAAUAUAAUAUAAAUCGUGUAAGAAAGAUUUCUCAAAGCAAGCAGAACUUCAACUAUUUUGUAUGUAAAAUCACAAUGUUUAUGUCCAAGAGAUUUUUAAAAACAACUGCACUUGGAGUAAUUGGAUUAGGCACUUUGGCAUCUCUGAGAGCAAAUGAAUACGAUUUGGGAUCUAUAGGUAUUGUACGACUAGGACGUGCUGCACUUACUGUUUUUAUAAUAGGCAGACAUUAUCAAAGUGAAUUAUAUUCAACUAAAUUAGACAGAAAUAGUCCAGAAUAUCGAGAUUUAAAAUCAAAAACUCACAAGUACGGAGCAGAAAAACUUUUAGAGCUCUGCUGUGCCAAUAAAGGUGUCUAUAUAAAAGUUGGUCAACAUAUUGGUGCUUUAGAUUAUCUAUUACCACCUGAAUAUGUUAAUACUAUGCGAGUAUUGCAUAGUUCUGCACCCCAAUCAUCUUUUAAAGAUGUACUUACAGUAAUUAAAGAAGACUUCAAGAAAGAUCCAUACGACAUAUUUGAGAGUAUUGACCCUAAACCUUUAGGCACUGCCAGUUUAGCACAAGUUCAUAGAGCUGUAUUAAAAGAUGGUAAUGUUGUUGCCAUUAAAAUUCAACAUCGUGCAGUCAAAACAAAUUCUUAUGUGGAUAUAAAGACUAUGGCAGCUUUAGUAAAAAUGACAUCAUUAGUCUUUCCUGACUUUAAAUUUGAUUGGCUUGUUGAUGAAACCAAGAAGAACAUUCCUAGAGAAUUGGACUUUACACAAGAAGGGAAAAAUGCUGAAAAAAUUCAAAGCAUAUUUUCACAUUAUCAUUGGUUGAAAAUACCUAAAAUAUAUUGGGAUCUUUCAUCGCGUCGUGUUCUGACAAUGGAAUUUGUAGAAGGUGGACAAGUGAAUGAUUUGAAAUAUAUUCAAAACAAUAAUUUAAAUCCUUAUGAAGUCAGCAGCAAAUUGGGUCGACUUUAUAGUCAUAUGAUAUUUAUCGUGGGUUUUGUACACUCUGAUCCACACCCUGGUAAUGUUUUAGUCAGAAAAAAAGAUAAUGAAGCAGAAAUAAUACUUUUGGAUCAUGGAUUGUAUGCAAACCUUUCUAACGAGUUUCGAGUGGAAUACUCUAAACUUUGGUUGGCUAUAUUAGAUGGAGAUAAGGUUGCAAUGCAGUUGCAUUGUGCAAAAUUAGGUGUACCAGACUUAUAUGGUCUACUAGCUUGUAUGGUAUCAGGCAGAUCUUGGAAUACAAUUAUGUCUGGUGUACAAAAAACCCAAUACGAUUCGCAAGAGAAAGAAGAAUUUCAAAAGGAAAUACCAAAUUUAUUACCACAAAUUAGCGAUGUACUAGAAAGAGUAAAUAGACAAAUGUUAUUGAUUCUUAAAACAAACGACCUUAUACGCUGCAUCGAAUAUUCUUUGAAUACAGAAUCUAGAAAGUCAGGAAUGAUGGAAAUGUCAAAAUGUUGUAUAAAUUCUGUGUACGACGAGAAAUUAAAAUCAUGUUCAAAUACAUGGUCAAGAUGGAAACUUUCCAUGUCUAAACAAUGGAUACUUUUCAAAUUAUCACUAUAUUAUGUAUAUUUAGGAGCACUAAGUUUUGACAUAAAAAACUCGAUAGAAUCGCUUAUGAAAAAUGAAUUUUAUGCUUUUUAACAAAAGGUUUUCUUAGGUAAAAUAUAUUUUUAUGUAAAUUAAAUAUGUAACUAAUUGAACACUAUAAUUAAAUAUUUUUUUGGGGAUACACAUUAACCUUAUUCAUUGAAAAAAAUAAUUUUGUGAAAUUUGUAAUUGUUGUUGUUGUAAGAAAAUGUAUUUUUUAUUUAUUUUCAUGCAUUAAAUAGAAAAGAUACAAAGCAAUUAUUUCUAUGUAAAAUUGAAUUGUAUCUCUACAAAAUAAGUACAAAUAUUUAUUGUUCUUUGUUGUUUGUACAAAUCCAUUGUGCCAGUGAAAUAGUCAAAGUGACAUUCGAAUGUUUUCUAUAAAUAUGUAAAUACAUGGGUAUGUUGCUGGUACCCCUUUUGUAUUUUUACUUUAUUGUUCUUUUCGUUAUACAUAAAUAACAUCUGGAUUUUGUUGUUAUUUCAUUACAUGAACAGGGAAUAUGUAUUAUUUUAGUAUCGACUAAAAUUGUUAGUUAUAUUUAUCAAGAAAAUUAUAUAUACAUUAAAUACGUUCGAAAAUAAAUCAUAUGUUUAUUGUAUUGUCUUUUGCACAGUGUAUUAUAUGUCCUGAAUAUUUACUAAUUUCUAAC